CUGGUCGUCCCGGGCUGUCCGGCGCACUUUGCCUCCUCCCCCCGCUACUGCCGACGUGGCGGGGCGGGGAAGGGAAGAAGAAGGGGGCGCGUCGGCCGGGGCACUGCUGAGCGAAUUGAAAAUGUCUGAAGACAUAUCUGAUGGCAUCCCAUCUGAAGAAAAACGUGAAGUAAUGGAAAUGCCCAGCAAUGAGGUAUUGCCUCCUGAAUCAGUACCACACCUUGUAGAAGCUGAGAUCUUGCAUGAGUCUUCACAAGAUGAACGUGGACAGGCCACUCAGAGUGCCAGUAAUAGACAGGAAGGAGACAUAGUAAUUAAUGAAAACCCUUUGACUGAAAAACUAGUUGAAGGUCUGCCUUCCAGUGAAGAGCCAACUGAAGACAUACCCACUGAGUGCAUUGAAACCGUAAACCUUGAUACAGAACCUGAAUCUGAAGAAACACUGCAUGAACAAAGCAGUCCAGCCACAGACUCCUCAUCUAAAGCAAGUAGAUGGGGAGCUUGGGGUACCUGGGGAAAGUCUCUCCUGUCAUCAGCUUCUGCCACAGUAGGUCAUGGAAUAACAGCAGUAAAGGAAAAAGCAGGAACUACCCUAAGAAUUCAUAGUGCAAGUUCAGCAUCUUCAGAAGCAGCAGAACCUCCUACAGCUGAAACACCAAUUACACAAGCAGAAGAUUCUCUGGACCAAAGCUCUUCUGAGAAUAUUCCUUCUUCUCCUACAUCUGGAUCUCGUGGCAUGCUGUCAGCUAUCACUAAUGCUGUACAGAACACAGGGAAAAGUGUAUUAUCUGGAGGCUUAGAUGCUUUGGAAUUUAUUGGGAAGACAACCAUGAAUGUCCUUGCAGAAAGUGAUCCUGGAUUUAAGAGAACCAAAACACUGAUGGCAAGAACAGUGUCACUAUCUCAGCUCUUGCGAGAAGCUAAAGAAAAAGAGAAACAGAGGCGGGCCCAGCAAGUUACAGUUGAAAGAACAGCACAUUAUGGACUACUUUUUGAUGAAUUCCAAGGUUUGUCUCAUCUUGAAGCUCUGGAAAUCCUGUCAAAUGAAAGUGAAGCUCAGAUUCAGGCACAUUUAGCAACACUUGAUGGAGAACAGUUGGAAACUGCAAAAAAUGAUUUAAUUGCUAUAAAAGAGAUUUUUGUUCCAAAGGAAUCAGAUGAUGAAGUGAUGCAAGCACAAAAAGAUAUGGGAGAAGAGUUUGUCAGCAUGCUCACGGAACUGCUGUUUGAAUUGCACGUUGCCGCUACUCCUGACAAACUUAAUAAGGCCAGGAAAAAAGCUCAUGAAUGGCUGGAAGAAGCCAGUUUUUCCACCCCAGCAGACAUAGAAGAGAAGCUAAAAGAAGAACCUGGAGAACCUGGUGAAGAAAAAACUGACGAAGAUGAUAAAAUUGACAGUGAUAAAACAAAAGUAAACAAAAACAAAACUGUGGAGGAAAUCUACAUGCUGUCCAUUGAAAGUCUGGCUGAGGUAACUGCUCGUUGUAUUGAACAGCUUCAUAAAGUAGCAGAAUUAAUUCUACAUGGUCAGGAAGUAGAAAAGACAGCUCAAGAUCAAGCAAAAGUACUGACAAAUUUAACAAGUGCCAUGUGCAAUGAAGUUUCAUCUUUAUCAAAGAAGUUUUCUGAUUCUGUAACAGCAGCUGGGAGCAGUAUGAAGGCAGAGGUUCUUAAUCCCAUCAUCAACAAUGUGCUAUUAGAGGGCUGCAACAGCACUACUUACAUUCAGGAUGCUUUCCAGCUAUUGCUUCCAGUUCUGCAAAUUUCCCACAUCCAGACCAGUUGUUUGAAAGCCCAGAAGUGACAGUUUCCUGAAAGUUGUCACCAUUGGGCUUGACAGCAACCCCAGUCCCAAUGUCUAUAAUGUUUGCUGAGAGAAAAGCUGGUACAAGAGGUGUCUGGCCACUUGGAGUCCUUCGAAGACACUACAUGCGGUUUUGCACAUGCAGUAUGGAACAACGUUUUCAAACGCUUUCAGACUUUAGAAGUAGUUAGUAAAGUGAGUAAUUUCUUUUCCAGUACAGUUUAGCUUUGCAUUAAUUUAAACAGAAGUUUACUGAUAUUAGCAUUGACUUAAAUAUGGAUUCUAAAUGUUGACACUUUCAGUUGUAAACAAGGGACGAAGCAAAUUAGAAUGUAAAGUUUUUUAAAACAUUUCAACUCAAAUGACCAUUUAUAUUGUUUGUAUCCUGUCAGUUAAAAAUGUAUAUUUCAAAAGUUGGUUUCAGUAUUUAAACAUGAACAAAUUAUCGUAGUGUUGUGCCUGUUAAAUAUUAUUUCCUGUAGCAAAUAAUAACAUCAUAUUAAUAGGUACCACUAACAGAACACUUUGUAUUCAAAGACUUGUAGAGCAAUGGGUAUUAACUUUACUAAAUGAAAAUUAUGGAGGAUAUACAUAAAGGAUUAUGCCAAAAAGAAGUUUUCUGAGCCAGUUAAGAGUACGGGUAAAGCUUUAUAUUUGCUGAACGAUAAUUUUAUAUUCAUUUAUGUCUAUUUCUUCAUUCCAAUGGCUAAACAACACAGCAGGCCAAAGUAAUCUUCUUAAUAUGCAAGGAAUAGAAAAUUUCUCAUUUGUUUGGCAGUUGAAACACCCCCUAAGUAAUCUUCUCUCAGGUGCGUUACCGGGGUUACGUGUGUUACUUUGGGGUUUAAUUUGGCCUUUAAACAUUAUGAACCUUUUUCUCAAAUGAUACCAACAGUUCAGAAAUAGAAAAGAAGUUGUAAUAAGAAGUUAUGAGAGGAUUGCUCUGGGUGGAGAGGUCAAUAUGCCACAGCAAAUCACCUUUUUCCAAGGCAGUAGCGAGACAGGACAUAAAUGAGCAACAGGAAUGACAUUUCAUAACAACACUAGCAACCAUACUGAUUUGUCUGUAUCCUUAGCUUAAAAUCCUGAGCUGUGGAUUUAAGAAUUUGUUUAGGCUAGUUUACCUCAUAGACAGGAGGUAAACUUCCUAUAUUUUACAUUGCCUGUUCUCCUGGAUUUUCAUUGUUUAUUAUUUCAUUGUUUCUAUCAGUUAUUUGGUAUUUUUUUCUCUUGAUACACUCAUUAAUUGUAUUUAAAUACUAAUUUUUAAUUACACUUAACAUCUGAAUAUAUUUAAUCAUAGAACAUAGUUCAUACAUCAAAAAAAAAGUUAAAUAGAGCAUGAAGAAGUUUCUAUGUUUAAUAGAAAAGACAAACCAUGUAUCUGCUUUGCACACGAUGUCUUUUUUGAGUCCAAGUAAGAGAGGGCAGAAAGGUCUGUUUGUGUCAUACACUAGAGUGGUCCACGUUCUGCUGUCACAUUCACUGUGACUUCUCCAUCUUUUGCUAUUUAGAGAUUAAAUUUUCACUAUCCCUGAAAUGAGAUUUAUUGCAUAAAACCUAUUUUCUGCCACCCUGUAAUUUAACAGGUGUGAGAUAUCUUUCUAGGUUAGUAGAAGAUGUACAAUCUUCAAAUCCACUUGCACAGAAUGUAAAAAAAACCUUACAGCAAUGUGAAUAAGAAAGCCCCUUGACAGCUGAAAAGGCGAACAAAGGUUGACAUUCAUUGGUAUUUAUGCCAUAUUGAACAGCUAACAUUACCUCAACAUGGGAGAAAGUGGGACACAGAAAAAUGCAACCAGAAAGCAGACUCACUAGCCCAAAGGUAGGAUACAGCUCCCACCAGCUGUUAGAUCCACACUUCUUUCCGGCUUUCCUUUAUUUCUGAAAGCAUAAUUUCAAAAUUUAUUACAAAGUGACAGUUAGUUGAUGCAAAACAUUUAAUCCCUGUCUUCUACAUUUUGAGGGAAAUAGACAUACUCUUCUCUAGUAAUUUUACCUGGCUGCUGGAAGAGACACACACUUGUACUUACUUGACCAGGAGUCAUCCUUGUACGCACACCUUGACCCGGAACGGCUUCUUGGUGCGGAUUCCUGAGGAC